AGUAAUAUCUCUAACAGCAAGAAUGUCAGACGUCACAUCCUCCAGCGAAUCUCUUUCUCCGAAACCACAAUCCCCAGUUAGUGGAUCCAAAAUCGAUCUCGAACCAUGUAACCUGAUUGCAUCCCUGGCAGCCAAAGAGUCCCAGCUACCCUCACCCAUCGAUAUCAACAUCAUCCACGCGGAAAGAAUUGAACUUCCGAAGCUGCAAUGGCAUCACUACGAAGAUAUCCCUUCCAAAAUCAAGAUGACCAACACCGGUGAAACCGUGAUCCUCAGCGCCAAGUGGCCCAACGAUGUCCGUCCCUAUCUUACCGGUGGCUCCCUCGAGGGUCGUUACGUGUUCUCCCAGCUGCACUUCCACUGGGGCAACUCAGCCGUCGACGGAAGCGAACACACCAUCGACGGAGCGUUCCUUCCCCUAGAGUUACACGUGGUUCACUUCAGCGAUGAGUACGAAACCCAAGAAGAGGCGCUCCAGAACAUCGGUGGAGUCCUCUCUCUGGUCUACUUCUUCAACCUAAAGUCCUCCCCGAACAAGUUUCUCGAUCCAGUCCUCACAAAUUUAAAAGAAAUCACCUUCCCGGACACCCGCUUCAAACCAACCCCCUUCCCGAUCGUCGACCUGUUCCACACCUUCACCGACGACUACUUUCUGUACUAUGGAUCAACCAAGGCCGAGUCCCGCAGUCAUCCAAUCCUGUGGCUCAUCUCCCGCACCCAGGAGUGCAUCGACUUUGACCAGCUGGUGCAGUUCCGGGUGCUGCUGGACCAACGACUACGCGUCAUUCAGCGGGAGGCACCGCCCGAGGUGGCCCCACUUGGGGAGCGCCACCUGUUCCACGUGAAUCCACCGACUCCGUACUGCAACUCGACGCUGUCGGUGCUGCCCCAUCCCAAGUAUCGGCCCGAUCAACGCUGGCUGGUUGACCGGAUGCAGAUCGAGGUUGGAGCGCCCGGAGGAUGUCAAGAGUUUGUGAGGCUGCUAAGGGAAGAGAUGGAGAAGAAGAGGGAGGGUGAGGGGAGCGAGGAUUUUGAGGGGCAGAUAUAGGUGGUAAUAUUGCUUUGCUGUUG